CAGCAUGGUGUGCCCCUCUCCCUCCUUGUAGUAAGCUAUCCUGCAAUGUGUGCCUUGCCCUGCCUCCUCCUCCCCCCAUGUCUGCUCUGGCUGCCUCUCUCUCCCUAUCCCCCCCUUGCUAGCUGGUUUAUGUGGAUCCCCCCUCCUCUGUCUGCCGGUGCCUAGCAGUAUCCCACUCCCCCCUUCUCCUUUACUCCUAUUAUUUGGGGCUGGGCAUCCCUGCUCUCGGAGCCUCAGGGACAUUAUAGAUAGCACUCAGCUCUGCAUCUCAAGGGGCAGCAGCCGCGGCAGCCCUGCCCGCAUCGCCGACCCCCCCAGCAGGAAAAGGAAAACUAUAAAGGUCUAAGCUGGCAAAAUUACAUAAAAAGAGGCAGCUGUCCCAGAUUUUCCAACGGAAGUCGCGUAUUGAUACAUCUAACAAGUGCAAAAGCGUAACACCGCAAACUACAAUAAUGAAACAAUUAAAAAGAAAGAGAAAAAGUAAUUUUAGUGUUCAGGAAACACAAACUUUACUCAAGGAGAUUAAAAAAAGAAGAGAUGUAAUUUUUUCCAAGCAGCUUAAUACCACAAUUAAUGAAAUGAAACGCAAAGCUUGGGAGGAAAUAGCAGAAUGUGUGAAUUCACUGGGCGAAGGAGAGCAAAGAACAGGAACGGAGGUGAAGCGAAGAUAUCUUGAUUGGAGGGCUCUUGUUAAAAGGAAACGCCUCAAUUCAGAUGUCAAGCUGGGAAAUUCUGGCUUCCAUUUACCCCUGUCAGACUUGGAUGAUUCUAUAAAUGAUGACAUGGAUGACAAACCAAGUGUAUUAACAAGCGAGUCAAGUUUGGAGUGGAAAAAUGUCUCUGAUGUUAGAGAAGCAAACGAAUCAAUGGCGGAGAUUAAAGUUGAAGAGGAAGAAGAACCCCAGAGUUUUGAAGGUCCUAGUUGGAAAAAGCGAGUGUCACAUCCAUGCUUGGGAAUCCAGCUCAACUCUCGACAAAAUAGAAUUCUGUAUAAUAAGACGCCUAGUGAUGAGCAGUUUGAGAUUGAGGAAGAAGAUGAAAUGUUGUCCACUGUUCUGCCUGAUUCCAGGGAGGAGAAUGACCUACCCGAAGAAUUUCCCCGAAUCGAGGAGUUUGGGACCUUAAGCUCCAUAACCCGAAUACCAUACAAAGAUUCUCAUCUGUUGGUGACAUUGGAGAAGCAAAAACUGGAGUUAGAACGGCAACGCCUAAACAUUGAAGUGGAGAGGCUUCAGGUAGAAAAAGAGAGACUGCAAAUAGAGAGAGAGAGGCUCCGGCACUUGGACAUGGAGCACGAGCGACUGCAGCUUGAGAAGGAGAGGUUGCAGAUCGAACGAGAAAAAUUGAGACUGCAGGUUAUGCAUGCUGAAAAGCCAAAUCUAGAGAAUGAUUUUGCCCAGGCAGAAAAGACUGUUUUGCAACCACUGGACAUAGAAGCUGAAAAAUUAAAACUUGAAAGGGAGCAUUUGCAGUUAGAAAAAGAGAGGCUGCAGCUAUUAAAAUUUGAAUCGGAGAAGCUCCACAUAGAAAAGGAGCGUCUGCAAGUUGAAAAAGAGAGGCUUAGGAUUCAAAGAGAGGGGCAUCUGCAGUAAAAGUAGCCCUUUAGUUAAAUUAGUUUCAUAGUACAGCCGUUUUGACAUUGUCUUUGUUGCUUUGUCUGUCUAGAUUUCUGCUUCUGUAGACCAGCAGGGCCUUAGGCUGGGAUGUUGUACUCCUGCUCUUGACCUCAGUGUCAGUGUGCUGCAGAAAGUCAAUGUGCCUGCAUAAAUGAAAGUUUGUGAGACUGUUAGUGAAAUUAGACUGUUUUUGCACCUGCAGGUAUUGUGCUACAAGACCAAGAUAGUCACCUGUUUAAAGAGGGACAAAUAGCUACAAAUAUUCUAGAAAGCUAUGUUACCACGUCUCCUCCAAUACUCCUCUAUUUUAUCAACUGAAUUGUGAAAUACAUGCCUCAUUUAUUUAUUUUUGGUCUUUAAUUCAAAUAAUUGACUGAGGGAUGAAUAGCCACUGUGUUAUAAGCACCGCUUUUUUUUUUUUUCUUUGCUAUAGUGAAAAUGUCACCUAUUUAAUAAAGCUAUUUAGGUGCGUCCGGCAAGCCAGCGUUCGUUCUAAAACAGCCUUGUUGGAUACAAUAUCAUUUGACUUACCUACCAAGAGUAUUAGAUCAGGGUGGACAGUCUAGAUUUGGUACCCCUUUUAAGUCUCUAAAAAGUGCCAUGUUACCAUAGUAUUAAGCACAAUCAGGGCUGCUGGAUGGCCAUUACAGAGUAUUUCUUCCAAAGCAAGAAAGCCUCCACAGUGCUUUGCAUGUUUGCGGUCCUGCUUGGUUGAUUAGCAAGCUUGCGUCCCGAUCUCGUGCAUCAGCACCCCCCCAUUUUGGACACUCCUGUUGGCACACAUCACCAGGGAUGCCAUAUAUUCCAUUCUUUCAACCAUGCCCCCUCUUUUACUUUUAUAUUUCUAAUUGUUAAGAGGUAUACAAAAUAAAAAGCCUGCCAGUGUUGUUAAUGUUCCCUCUGUGUUCUUUGGAAUGCUUUAAAAAAAAUAGUUUCAUAACUAUUUCAGUGCUUAUCCGUUAAGCAAGAAUGCUUAGAGGGAACUGUGGUGAUAGCUUUAAUUAAAUGCCUCUCGUCACUUUAAUAAUAAAGGGGCACUCUAAGUACCAUAACCACUGCAGCUUGUUCAAGUGGUUUGUAGGAUGCUGUGGAGGGUGUUCCUCAGUUUUGUGUCGAACCGGUGUUUAGAGUGCUUCAAUAAUCUGUGAGAAA